GAGAUAUAGCCCUGGCGACUACUUUGGGCUACCAGCGGCCCCGCCUAACCCAGUCGAGUCGGCCGGCGACGGCAGUCUCCUCUCUCCGCUCGCCAGUCGCCACCGCUUCCGCUUUGCCUCCGGCCUCGUCGGCAUCCACCUCCUCCGGCCGCACGCCCGCGACCUCACCAGCGUCGCCCCCCGGGACUAGGCGACGCCAGUCUCCACUCGCCACUGCUCCCGCGCCGCCUCCGAUCUCGCCGCCAUCCAUCCGUCCCGGCCGCGCGCCCGCGCACCUCACCAGCGUCGUCGACGUGGCAAAGUGUGACGCCUGCCCUCAGCGAUGCAGCAGAAGGUGCGCGUCGCCGCAUCCAGCAAUGGCGUGCUGCCUGAAGACAUGCUGCGUCACAUCCUCGUGCGCCUCCCGGCAAAGACGCUAUGCCUCUUCCGAGCAGUCUCCCGAUCCUGGAGGUCCCUCCUCUCAGAUCCGCUCUUCGUUGCAGCGCACAAGUCCCACCACCCCGGGCCACUGAUUGUCACAUGUAGCGGUGAAUCGUUCGAAAGAGGCACCAUUGAGAUUCUGGACUUGUCUGGCCAUGUCGUUAAGCGGAUAGCCACCAGCAUGAAGAAUGCCCGGUUGGAAUGCACACGCCACCUGGACCUUAUUUGUGUCGCCAGAAAUGAGCACCGUUCGACCCGCCAUGUGAUCAACCCUGCCACGGGGGAUACUUUUGCAUUACCCAGUCGCUCUGCAAAGGAGCAUGCACAUGUGAAAAAGUUCUUCCCACAAUCAUUUGACUUUGGACAGGUUGUCUCCACGGGAGAGUACAAGGCCCUGCGCUGUGUUAGCAUUGAUGAUUCCUACGGUGAGUGCAGCCCAAUGCUCUGUGAGGUCAUCACCCUUGAUGAUGGUCGCCAUGCAAGAUGGAGGGGCAAACAGGGCCCUCCGGCCCCUGUCACAAGUAACCGUAACAAAAGUGUUGUCGUCAACGGAGUUGUCUAUUUCUUGGUGGACUUUCUAAACAAAUAUUUCACAUUUUGUGGGGAUCAUGUCAAACCAGGUAGCAUGGCUUCGUUCAACCUUGAGACAGAGGAGUGGAUGGGGAUUGUCCAAGGUCCAAUGCCAGUGUGCAAUGGCGGUUACUUUAGUCUAUUCAUGGAGCUAUCGCUGGUAUGCUUGGAUGGGUUCUUAGUUAUGGCACACAAUUCUGAAUAUAGCUCUCUGGACUUGUGGUUUUUGAUGGAUGCUGAGGAAUCUGUCUGGAAUAAAAGGUACAGCAUAGAUGGCCAGCAUGAAAUUCUCUUUGCCCAACCCUUAGAAAUUCUAAGUGACGGGAGGAUAGUCCUCUCUGCACCAGGACGGCUAAGGCUCUACAAUCCAAUUACGAAGACUUUCACUGAUUUCGAGAUGAGAAAUUCCACAUUUGUUGGUACUUACACUGGAAGUCUGUUGUCUACAGAGAGCACUUUCACUUCUGAGGCUGAACGUUGCACUAUCUGCGGCUGCUAUGGCACCCUUGAAGCCAUCGAACCUUAUGCACUCUGUGAAGACUGUAUGUCGCAUCAAGCCUUGCUUUUAUUGCAGCGUCUGGAAGGCUGCGCUGAACUGGGCACGCUUUCAAGAAUUACCAAUUGCCAAUAGACAAUUUCAACCAUGGUCCAGCAAAAAUAGUUUUCAAAUGUCAGCCUAGUUAUUUUUUAGAGAAUAUUGCUGCUACCCUGUUCUUUUUGCUUGAUGAAGCUUAUUUUGGAACAUAUAUUUAUAUUUGGUACGGAAGAAAAUAAGCUUGAUCGUGUGAUUUCCAAA